AGGACUUGGUGCAUUGGGCUGGGAGGUCGACGCGAUCACCUGACCGAGGGGUCCGGCCGGACAUGGUGUUUCCUCCGCCCGCCGGCGACCGUGGUGCGAUCGCUGGGCUGGACUCCCUGCGCCACAACGCGCUGAACCCUUCGAUGUGUGGUCAGCUGGCCAGGCUGGAUGCCAAACCGCUGUCGCCAGCGAAACGCCGCCCGGAUUGCCGCUGCAAUCCAAUCUGUCAUGUCUCCCAUCCCACGCCCUCGCACCCCCAUAAAAGCCGCCGCUGGCUUCCCGAGGACAGCAGCAUCGCCCGCCUACUCGUCCCAGCGCAUUCAUUCGCCUCCAGCUGCUCUACCAUGCCGCCUUCUGCCGAUCCCGCCAAGCCCAAGGGGUGCUACAUUCGCACCAGCAUCAAGGCGCCCAACAAUACUACCGAUCUUUGGUUCCUCGAGCUCGAACUCAUUCGCGGAGGUCGUUACAAAUGCCGCGAUCUUUUCGGCGAGUCUUUCCAAGAAUAUGGAUUGAGAAACCCGAAAGAUGUCAGCGUCUACUGUCGGGCUGCUGACAAAAUCGACGAGUUCCUGUUCGAACUCAAAGCUGCAACCCUGAAUGCAGACUGCAGCUACCGUGCUGACGCCAUCAAACUUCUCUCCAAAUUCGACCUCGAGACCCACCAACGCAGGGAAAUACCACCCUACGGCAGUUUCCGCUACGUCCCGUCGCCCGACAUCGCACUCUUCCAGCGGGUCUUCUACAAGCACAAAGAUAAGCCCGUUCCCGCACCUAGUCAUCAGAAGCUGGGAUUCUACAAUCUCGGUAAAGACGGCGUAUAUACGAAGAUGGCUCGCUUCGUGCCCGAUGGAUUCGGCCUCGAGUGUAUCCCCAAGAAGCCCAGUGAUGAAAAUGGCAUGGUGGUCCUCCAAGGACAUUUCAGCCAACUAUCGCAAGUCAGGAAUGAUACCAUCGCCAAUCCCUCCUUCGCGAGCCCGGAGUUCAUUCAGGUUAUUAACCACGAGAUCAUCGAGACCAGCACCUGUAUCCGCAAGCUGGCCAUGCGUCCAAUCGCCGAUGAGAAGACGGCUUCUUCGGUCGCCCCCGGUUGUCCUCCCCCUGGCCCCGAUCCUGCUCCCAGGAAUCCACCUGCUCCCUCGGCUCAUGCCUUCGCGCAUGCCGCCCCUCAUGCUCCUGUCUUUGGAGCUACCGAUUCCAGUGACCCAUUCUCCGUCGACUCCCUCCACUUGGACGAUAUCUUAGCCGCGUUCCCUACCGUUGCCGAACCCGCUAGGACGGUUCAACUCGAUCAACCCACCGCUCCUACCUUCGGGGCUGCUGAAGCUCGCGAUCCCGACUUCACCGACAGUGGUGCGACUCCAGUGCCUUUUGUCGUUGCCGAACCCGCCGCCCCUCCAUUGGCCCAAGGCGUUCGGGUCUCAGCCAACACUGCUGCAAGUGACGGUGACGUUCACCCGUCCGCCGACUCGUGGGAAUGCUACAUCCCCACGAGUCCUGCCAUCUUGGCUCCCGGACGUAUCACCCCUGCUGCAAGUAGUCAUGCUUCCCACACGCCCACUGAAGAGGGUCGACACUACAUCCCAACGAGUCCUACCCUCAAGCGCCCGGCCCCAGUCGACGAGUUUGAUCGCGACCAGCCUCGAAAGCAUGUUCGCGAUACCUAUUAUGGGACUGCUUCCAAGAGACCCAAUGACGAUGAUAAGUACACCCGAUUCUCUCGUAAGCUCUUGACUCGACCUGAGGAUGUUAGAAGAGAUACCACAUUUGCCGAUAUCGAUACGAGUAUCAUUCGUGAAGCUAUCAAUCGUCAAUAUCCGCAUAGACAGCGUCGCAACAUCGCCAACAUGCUAAGUAUCGGUGAUGUUAUCGGUUCGAACAGUGAACUGCGAACGCUUCGCAGGGAGUUCAAAUGGAAGUCCCGCUGGCACGACGAUAUUUUACGUGCUCAUUGUGAAAAAAUCGUUCUUGAUUUCAUCAUCCACCACGAAUUUCGCUUUCGUGAGGAGGGUUCUGUUUCCAGGUCCAUAAUUCCGGGACACCUCUUCGAUUCUUAUGACUCACACCCCCGCUUUGAUCCCAUCAUUGCCCCUUAUGUUGCAGUUAUUCUUUUCCGCUUGUUCGACUUCGAACGCUCUGACAAAAAUUGUCACUAUGGUGAUCACUGGAACACAUUUGCUACCAGGCACGGUAUUGACUUGUCCAUGUAUUGAACGAUUCAUUCACUCAGUUUCAUUCUUGAUUCAUCUCAAUUUGCCCCCCCCAUUCAGUACCCCAAUUCAGCACUCUCGUUCAGUACCCCCAAUUAGCGCCCCAAAACAGUACCCCCAUUCAGUACUCCAAUUCAGCGCCCCUACCCAGCGCUCUUCUUCAGUAUCAAAAAAUCAGUAGAAAAAUCCAAAAAUACACACAAUCAGUAUCC